GUACACACGAACCGUGUCCGUUCGCUGUCGAUUUACACACAUUCGGGUAGAUGUGGUCCGAUGACGACGACGACAACGACGACGACGAAGAAAACGACAACAAAAACAAUAAUAAACAAUGUCGAUGGGGUGCGCGUAUAAUAAAAUUAUAUCAUAGUGUUGUGUGCGAUCCGCCCGUGUCCGGUAUUAAACUUCGAUAAUGUUUAUUCGCACGUCGACGCCGAGAGCCGUGCGAGGAGGAAUUAGUGCGCUUCAAAGGACCUGAGAUGGGAGACGCCAAGUACGAUAAUCACGAAAACAGACUGAUGUUCAGUUUACAGCAAAUGAUGAAUUCUGAACAUUUCGCAGACGUCGUUAUAUGCUGCGCCGACGGAUACAAAUUAAGAGCCCACAAAGUCGUACUAGCGUACUGCAGUUCGUAUUUGCAAACACUGUUCCUCAGCCAUCCUGGACCGGACGACAGCGUUACGAUCAUCCUACAGGACGUUGGGCACGAGGACGUGGGCCGCGUCCUGGAGUUCGUAUACACGGGUGCGGCCGUCGUCCCGGGACACAGGAUGGACGGUUUCGUUACGGCCGCUGGAGCCCUGGGAAUCGGGCCGCUCUUGGAUCCGCGACGGCAUUUGGAAAUGUCCUCGGUCCAACCACCGGCUUCCCAUUGCCACCCGUGUUCUCCAGCUACAGUUGUGAACGGUCCUACGCCGCUGACGACGACGCCGCCGCAGCAACAGCAUCCUUAUUGCAGGGUCCGUCAGCCACCCAGGACCACGGGCAUUCUGACGCCGUCGCCAUGGAUUCAGAAUUCCCGUCCACCGUGCGCCACUCCCAGAUACUCGGCUCCAAAGACCGUGCAAUCUGACUCCCUAGUGAUUCCGGUGCACCCUCCGACAGCAAACCCGAUUCAGGUUACGGAAAUCCAAAGAGGACCGCUUCCUAUUCCGCUGCCACUGACGCCACCGGAAGAGCCUACGAUUGUUUCGAUACCACCGUCACCGUCAACCGACAGUGACAGAGACACGAACCAAAAACUUAAAGUUACCAGUGAUGCUAACAAUAAUGGAAUCCCGGAAAAAGACCGAAAUGCGAAUCAAACAAAAAGUCAUGUUUGUGAGGAAUGUGGAAAAACUUUCGUAACCAAAGCAUCUCUUAAGAUCCACCAGAGGACCCACACGGGCGAAAAACCGUUUGUGUGCGAGUCGUGCGGCAAGCAGUUCAGCCAACUGCGCAACUACAAGUAUCACAGGUCCGUACACGAGGGCACCAGAGAGUUCUCUGGCAGUUGCCCGGAGUGCGGUAAGUUAUUCAACGACCGCGGUUACCUGAGCUCGCACAUGAAGAUCCACCGGAACCGAAAGGAAUACGAGUGCGAGUACUGCACGAAGAGCUUUAACCAGCGGGUGGCGUACAACAUGCACGUGCGCAUACACACGGGCGAGAAGCCGCACAGUUGCCACCACUGCGGCAAGUCGUUCACCAGGAAAAUGUUGCUCAAACAGCACCUGCGCAUACACACCGGCGAGAAGCCGUUCUCGUGCGCCGUUUGUCACAAGCCGUUCGCCGACCGGUCCAACAUGACGCUGCACAUGCGCCUGCACUCGGGCGUCAAGCCGUACGCGUGCGCUGUGUGCGCCAAGUCGUUCACAAAAAAGCACCACUUGAAGACGCACAUGAACUACCACACGGGCGUCAAGCCGUACUCGUGCGACAAGUGCGGGCUGAGCUUCAGCCAGAGCAGCAACAUGAGGACACACUUGAAAAAGUGCAAUGCCGUAGCGACACCACAGCCGACGCCACCACCACCUCUGCAAGCCGCCGUCGCAAUGGUAUCGUCGGCCGCGCAACCUGUCUGAACGAGUACGGCCACUGCUGCGUCUCGUCCGGAACGCGUGACCGAAAGACAACGUCGCCACUCGCGUUUUUCAAACAAAUCGAAACGGUUUUCAUCGCACACUUUCCGAUUUCGGCCUUCUUCCUCUUACUACGCUCGCGACGGAUUUUCGACCACAAACUCCGUCGCUCUGUAGCUAUUAUAAACGUUAUUAUAAUUUAUGAUUUUGUGUAAUAUAUUAUGUGUAUAAAUUUUA